CCUCCCCUGACUCGGCGCUCCCAUUGUACUUCCUCAAAAUCCAACCCAUAUAAACUCACACACUGACCCACUUUAGGAGCAGAGGAAGACGACUUCACACUGAGAUCUUCACCAAACUUUUUGACUUUUAAACUUAAGGAUGUUGUCGUGUGUGUGCGUGUUGCUGCUGGCUGUCUCAGCUUUGGGCCAGCUGGAUGAAGUCUCGCUGGAUGCCCAGUGGGAACAGUGGAAGACCACACAUGUGAAAGAAUACAGUGGCACGAAUGAAGAGGGGAUCCGCAGAGCCAUCUGGGAGAAGAACAUGCGUAUGAUUGAUGCACACAACCAGGAGGCAGCAUUGGGCAUGCACUCCUACGAGCUGGGGAUGAACCACCUGGGAGACAUGACGUCAGAGGAAGUUGCAGAGAAGAUGACCGGUCUGCAGAUCCCAUUGAACCAUGAGCGCAGUUUUACCAUGGCAUUCGACGACAAGGUGUCCAGGCUUCCUAAAUCUGUCGACUACCGCAAGAAGGGCAUGGUGACAUCAGUGAAGAACCAGGGUUCCUGUGGCUCCUGUUGGGCCUUCAGCACUGCCGGGGCUCUUGAGGGCCAGCUGGCUAAGAAGACAGGGCAGCUCAUUGACCUCAGUCCUCAGAACCUGGUUGACUGCGUCUCAGGGAAUGACGGCUGUGGAGGAGGGUACAUGACCAUCGCCUUCCAGUAUGUGCAGGAUAACGGAGGCAUCGACUCCGAGGCUGCCUACCCAUAUGUUGGACAGGACCAGCCGUGCCGCUACAACUCAUCAGGCAUGGCAGCCCAGUGCAAAGGCUACAAGGAGAUCCCAGUGGGUGACGAGCACGCGCUGGCUGUCGCACUCUUUAAAGUGGGCCCCGUGUCUGUGGGUAUUGACGCCACACAACCCAGCUUCCAGUUCUACAGUCGAGGUGUUUACUACGACCCCAAUUGCAACAAAGAUGACAUCAAUCAUGCUGUGCUGGCAGUUGGCUAUGGAGUGAACUCCAAGGGGAAGAAGUUCUGGAUUGUCAAGAACAGCUGGAGUGAAACCUGGGGCAAGAAGGGCUACAUCCUGAUGGCACGCAACCGUGGCAACCUCUGCGGCAUCGCCAACCUCGCCAGCUACCCCAUCAUGUGAAGAAGCAUGGAGCUCAGAGAAAGACGAGGGAGGAUGAGGAAGGGGCUUUGCUUAGACUACUACACACACAAAAAUACACUUCAUUUUAAUUACCACUACAAAAUGUAACACAUAUUACUUAAUUUACACAGAUUUUUCAAAAAUUUAAAAGCAUCCAACAUUGUAUUUACUAUAACUAAGGGAGUGAAGGGUUUAAAUGUUCUCAAAAAAGUCUAAUGAGGAUAUUUGGUUAUCUUGAGUUUUAUAAAGCACUUUAAACCUCUGAAGUCUUUUCAGUUGAUCUCUAAAGCAGCAGAUCUCCGCUGUAGUCUGAUCCCUAAAGAAACAUGUGGUUUCAUUACCUCCAGUGCAGAGUACCAAAGUGCUAAGUUACAUCUAUGAACCCAGUAGGCAACAAAACCUUUCUCAGUAUUUGUCUGCUAUUCAGUGAUAGUUUCAGAUCCCAGUUUAAUUACAUUUUGUGUGAAUUCCAACAGACAGGAAACAGGAAAAAAAAACAUUGCUGGGCAAUGAGAGCUCCUCCUUUCCUGUGGAUAGAGAGUCACUUCCAAUAAAUCUUAACCAGUUUUUCUCUUGAUCAUGUGGACUUUUGUUGUUGUUGUUGUUCUGUUCAGCACUUUUCUAAUGAUUAAACUGAUGUAAACUGAUGUUUUCUAUGAAAUUGAAUAAAGGUCUCAUUUUGAAGUUGAA